GGAGGCGGUUGGCGGGCCAUGGCCGCGGGCCGAGUGCGAGUCUGAGGGCCGCGCGCUCCCCGCCUCCUCACAGCGGCCCCGGCCUCCCCGCCGCCAUGUCGGGCAAGUACUUCAAGGGGCCCGAGGUCAGCUGCUGCGUCAAGUACGUGCUGUUCGCGUUCAACAUCGUCUUCUGGAUGCUCGGAGCAACUUUUCUUGCAGUUGGUCUUUGGGCGUGGGCUGAGAAGGGUGUGCUUUCCAACAUCUCUUCCAUCACAGACCUGGGAGGAUUUGACCCUGUCUGGCUGUUUAUCGUAGUAGGAGCAGUGAUGUUCAUUCUAGGAUUUGCUGGCUGCAUUGGUGCGCUCCGAGAAAACACCUUCCUGUUGAAAUUUUUCUCAGUAUUUCUGGGUCUGAUAUUCUUCUUGGAGUUAACGGCAGGAAUACUUGCGUUUGUCUUCAAAGACUGGAUCAAGGACCAGCUCAAUUUAUUUAUCAACAAAAAUGUUCAAGCUUAUAGGGAUGACAUAGACCUUCAAAACCUUAUUGAUUUUGCACAGGAGUAUUGGUUAUGCUGUGGUGCUCGAGGACCCAUUGACUGGGAUCUAAAUAUUUACUUUAACUGUACAGACUUUAACCCAAGUCGAGAGAAAUGUGGUGUUCCGUUUUCCUGUUGUAUCAAAGACCCUGCGGAGGAUGUCAUUAAUACCCAGUGCGGAUAUGAUGUCAGGUUGAAAAUGGAAAUAGACCAACAAAAUUACAUAUACACUAAAGGAUGCGUUGGGCAGUUUGAAAAGUGGUUGCAAGAAAACUUGAUCGUGGUUGCUGUAAUUUUCAUUGCUGUUGCUUUACUGCAGAUAUUUGGAAUUUGCCUGGCACAGAAUUUGGUUGCUGACAUUAAAGCUGUCAAAGCUAACUGGUAGAAAUUUUGACUGGACAUUGGCAAUUAACACAUACUGACAUUUGGCAGAACUGAAAUCUGCACAGCAGACGAAGAUACACUGCAGAGCACUGGCCAUGAAUUCAGUUUCCUGUCAUUACCGAGACCUGUGGAAAACAACACGAGAGCUGCUGUAGAACAUUUAGAUUUUUUGCAACAAACAAAAACCUUGUUAAAUAUCGUUGGUAAUGAUUUUAAAGGGAUUUUUAGAGUUUGUAGUUAAUGAAUAUUUCGUAAUGUUUUUUGUCUUGUGUAUAGGAUGCCAAAAUGUAUUACGUUACUUUAAAGUUCAUGUGGUUUAGAAGUUACAUGGGGUUAAGGGGUAUAAUAAUUGGCUGAAUUGCAACGACUCUUGGUAUUGUAAUAUGGGCUAUUAAAUAGUCCAGUCGUGUAGUGAGGACGUUUUGCAAGGUCAAUGAUUAGAUAUAUGAACCAGUGCUGUGCAGUGGCCGAUUAAUCAGCCUGUACACACUCGAGUGUAAAAGCUAAGUAGAAACUGAUUGUUUUUAUAUACAUGUGGUUCAGUCUGUUGUUUUAAACUCACACUGUUUAGAUGUGCCUCCUUUGUGGGUAUGAGGUGGAGAACAUCAAUCAUGUUUUACCUUAGCAACGUUUCAGCAUUAACUUAAAUUGUUUGGAGAUGGCUUGUAUUCCUGCAAGCGCUAAUGAGAUAUAUCGAGAGGUGGAAACUUAAGGAGAUCAAUGGUUAUUCUUAAAAUGGAUCUGCAGGUGGAUGCUACAUAAGUGUUUCUAGUUUUACAAUAUAUAAAAAACAUAGUUUGCACCAAGAUGCCUUUUAAAAUGGCUGUGCAAAUCUGUCCUCUCAGGAAGGUUACCUUAAGUUAUUGUACAUGGUAUUAAAACACUAUUGCUAUCAUACUUGGUCAAGAUGCCAAGGAGCAUAAACACCUGUAUGUCUGUCUGCUGCUACUUUUAAGCUGUCAUUUACAUGAAGGUUUCUCAUUACUGAUCACUUCAGUUUCACAUCGCUCGUUAAAUCUCUGAGACAUUUUCCUACAUGAAGGGCUCUAUAUAAGUGCAAGUUGUUGUAUUGGAUUUGAGCAUUGCUCUGCAGAGUUUAUAUUUUAGUUUAAACUUUCGUCUUUACCUGUAGCUUCCUUCCUUCCAGUUGUUAAAGUGAAAAAAUAAUAGGUUGAUAGUAAUAUAAGGUCAGAGGCAACCAAGUUCAUCAAACAAAGAUGACCACAUUCUUUAUUCUUUUCCUUGCUAUGUGAAAACAAUGAAUUACUUUAAAAAAUCUGGGUAUUGAAACAUCAGCAUCACAUAAUAGUAAUAAUAAUCCUUGUAUUUGAUAUAGCGCUUUUCAUGUCUUCUAGAUGUCUCAAAGCGCUGUAACUAAAAUGAAUUGACUGUAUAUUUUUGGGCGAAACGCAACAGCCAAUUGCGCACAAAACAGUCAUGGAUUGAAGUGACCAAUUUAUUUUUUUUCUUGAGGGAUUAUUAUCAGCGUGUGGAGUAAGGAAACUUGCCCAAGGUUUUGCCCUCAUCCAAUAAUGCAAUUAAGUUUGAAUGUAAAUAUAGGAAAUAUUUUGAAAUCAUGAGUUGUAUUAAUUUAAUACAUUUCCACAGUAGGAAAUGUAACAUUAGGGAACUAGAUUGCCAAUUUUUCAGAGACUAAAGACUAAAUGUCAACAUCUUACUACUCAUCUACAGUUAACAGACAGUCUUUGCUUGUUAAAUUCCCAAAUACAUCUUCCUCUCCCAUUCCCCUCUUGUUGCAAUAACUGUAUUGAUCUUCUGUUAAAGCAAAACCAUCUCUAAGCAGUAAACCGAGUCCUGGUGGUGUUUUGUUUUAGUCAGCCUGAUGAUUGAAAACCCAUCUUUAUAUAUAAAAAAAAUGCAACAGUCUUUGUAAAGACCUUUUAUGAUUGUAAUUAUUCUGUUUUAUAUGCAUCCUAACAACAUGACAAGGAAUCUGGUGCUGGUCUAUCACAACGUCAGACCAAAAACUGUUCAACUUUGCUUUCUGUUAUGGCAGAUAAACAGCUCCGUUCACUGCAGUAAACUCCGGAUAACUCGACCCUGACUAACUUGCCACUGCCACUUAAGUCAUCAUGCUAUCAAUAUUCCGGCCUUAUUUAUUCAUGUAUUCAUUCACACAUAUGCCUAACAACUCGCCACUCUGGAUAACUGGUCACUGAGCCCCUUUUUCCUUGGAGUGAUGAGUUAUCAGGAGUUUACAGCAUGCACAGCACACUUUUCAGGGCCAUUGGUUGCAGAUUGUAAUUUGCGAGAUGGAUGCUAUUGUUGGUUGAGUUACCUCAGAAUUCCUUCGGAAUAACUACUACUUAGCCACACAAAUUCCUGAAUCCUUGGAGUAUUGUUUUUGCAAACUAACACUUACGUCCCAGUCGGCUUUUCUUCCAUAUAUUUGGGUAGGGAGAAUGAACGGUGGUCGUCUCGGGCCAUCGUAAAAUACAACCUGCUUUUUUCUAAUCCAUCUUGAGGUUGUGAAAUGCACGUUCGUUCCGACUGAGAAUGUCAGUAACUGUUACGAUCUUUAUCGCACCUCCGAAAAAGAGAUGCAAAAGAAUUUGAUGUAACUCUUAAAAUCAUUGAAAACGAUGUACAGUGAGUAACAAAUUGUGCUCCGUAAUGGCUUCAUUUUGAAGCUUUUAACAGAAGCUUGGUGCAGUGCAAGUCAUUUCAGCAUUGUAUUGCAAGGUUGUACUCUUAAUUGAAUACAAAUAAUGAAUUCUGGAUGUAAUUCAUAAUUCUGCUCCUUUCAUUUGCGUUCCAGGCACCUAACACUAUUCAUUGUCUGGUUGAAGGGGUUUAAAUUCGUAUCAGGGCUGUGUUUGACAUACUUUUACACAGUAUUAAUAGUUUUACAAGAACAUUACACUCGUUAUCCUGUUGUAUGGUGUUUUUUUAACUGAGAAUUCCAGGUGAAUGAAGCCUCUGUGAUUAUCAAACUUUGUGGCCUACAAUAAAGCUGAAAACUUUAGUCCCACCGUGACUCAGACCUGUGUCGGGGUUUCCAGAUUUCCUUUGAUGUUGAUGAGUUAAUUAGUGUUGGCAUAAAGAUGAUUGCUUUGUGUACUAGGAUGAUAAGUGAGAAGAAUUUUAUUACAGUAUAGAUUUGACUUUUAUAACUCCAUGUUAAACAAUAAAACUUUUUAUUUCUCAGUU